AUGGCCCAAUUCUUCCGAAGAUGGGUUACUAUCGCGUUCUUUUUACAAUGUAUCUCUGCUUUAACCAUUACUGUUGAGCUUCCAACUGAUAUUGGAACUCCGACGCCAACCUCGAGUGUGAUUCAUAGUCAUCACCCUGGUCAUCACCACCACUGGACUUACACCCCGAAUCCCCAUCCUAGUCGCAAACGCUGCGCGAAGCGCUCGUCCUCGAUCUCCUCGAAGCCGGCCACGGCCCCGACCAAAGUGGCCACUUCCAACUCAGCUUUGCACUCCAGCAAGGCCACAAUUGCUCCGUCUGGUGUUUACCCCUCUGAUGCUAAACAGUCUCGGACUGAAAUUGCACCUCCCACCCAAACUGGAACCACCCAGUCUUUUGGAGAAUUCCUUUCUAGUUCUCUUCCUUUGAAGCAGACGACUCGAACAGUCUUCACAACUCGUACUGCUACAAUCACAGCCUGUCCUACCACAGUCAUUAAAUGCCCUGCCAGUGCUCGGGAGACGUACGUGACCACUGAGACAAUUGUGUUGUCUACCACAGUCUGCCCUAUGACUGUGGCUGCCACCACCACCCUGAGAAAUUCUGCUCCAUUUGCUCCUGGCGUAUCUAUUGGCGGUAACGGCGACGAAGGCGAAUGGGUGUCCACUGACUUCAUUACCCGGACUGUCACGGUCACUGCUUGUCCUGAGUCGGUCACGAAUUGUCCUGUGAGAUCCAAGACUACCUACACCACAACCGAGACCUUGGUCGAUGUGAUCACUUCUUCGGUCUCAGGCUCUCCUGCGACAGGGGUGAAUGCCAAGCCUACUUCCAUCAGUGACGUGGGUGGUAGUGCGUGGAGCAAUGCCGGCGAGACCAAAACAGUUACCCUCGAGUCUUGUGGUGGAAACAGCUGCAGCAAUUACGACAGUGUUGUCACUGUCGCAGUGACUUUUAUCAAGACUGGAACUCUACUUCCUCAGAUCACAGCCCCUUCUGGUUCAGGUGCGGGCAUAGGGGGUGGUCAGCUUUCUCAUGCCAGCUCGUCGUCUCUCUGGAGAACCGCUAGGCAGACAAGUGUUCAGAGUACUGCUACUCCGUCAGUGUCGACUCCGUCGACUCCCGCUUUUAUCCCCGCUUUCAAUGGUGCCACAUCAUUCGAUGGUUUAUCAUCUGUCUUGAAUAUGUGUGGUUUUGUCAUAUUCUUGGUGUUUGUCCUUGCGCUUUGA